AUGAGAGCUUCGCCGAGGACUCCUUCAAAUCCACCAAGGGAUGAAAGUAGCUUGUGGCUCCUUUUUGGACCUUCCUCGUUAGUCCCGAAAAAUUCCUUAUCCUCUCCGCUCGGCGGUCCGCUGGCGUCAUUUGGUACACAGGACGAAACCGAAGAAAGAGACUUUGAAAUCUACGAAGACUUUCAAAUCUUGACCGCUAAACGAUUUCAGAACAAGUUAGCUGCGGUGAUGCAAGACGAAAAGCGAUACAGAGAGUUCCAGAAAAUCAUGAAAGUUGGUUCAACGCAUAUGAGUUUGAAAGAAAAUCUUGAGCACAUUCUUCGAGAGCAUGUCGCCCGUGAAUUGGACGAAGAGAUGGAAGAAAAAAGAAUAUUGGGUAUGGGCUUUGGCGAAACAAGAUAA